CACCCUACACACCCACUGCCAACCUACCACACACUCACCACCGCUGCCUCUGCCCUCCGCCAUGGCCAGCACUGCCCAUCACGACACCUCCCUCCCCGUGCGGAGCAGCACCAACACGACCGACGACGCCAUCCCAGACGAAGAUGCCGGCGAGUCCACCAAGCUGUUCCACGAGCGACUGCAGGCAUGGAAGCACGCUUGUGGCUAUCUCGAGGACUACGUCAAGGCCACGGAGAAGCUGGAGGCAGACAUUAGCAAGGACUACGAAAAGUCAGUCCUCAAAUCGGUCAGCAGCCCGCUCAAGGAGGGCCAUCACUUUCAACAGCAACCCGGCGGCGUUGCGGGCUUGUUCGAGAACCUCCGAACCACCUCGCAGGCCCUUUCCACCAGCCAUGGCGAGACGGCAAAGGCCCUGAAGGGCUCGGUGCUGCCCAUUUUCGAGCAACUGCACGCCGAAAUCAAGAACAAGACGAAGGACCUCAACAAGGGCGCGGGCAAGGCGUCGAAGGCGGUCGACAAGGCGCGUAGCGACACGCAGAAGCACAUCGACCGACUGGGGCAGCAAACAAGCAGCGCUGGUGAGGUCAAGGCUGCCGAUGAUCCAUAUGUCCUCCAGCGCCAAGUCUACCACCGCCUCCACAAACAGAUCAUCGAGGAGAAUGGCAACCGAGACGACGUUAUUGCCUGGCAAAACGAGUUUGGACGGUUUGAGGCCCACGUUAUUCAGACUAUGCAACAGGGGCUGCGCCAACUUCACCAAGUCAUGGGAAAUCAAGCCGAUAACACUCGCACCACCUACGGGAAUAUCAUCGCAACCUCCGAUCAAAUACCACCAUCGGCUGAGUGGGAUAGCUUCGUUCAAAGAAACAACAACAUUCUCAUCGAUCCAAACGGUCAGAAGCGAAGCAUCCAGCAUGUUCAUUUCCCUCACCAAGAUCACCCGUCCACUCGCCCGCUCAUCGCUGGAUCUCUUGAUCGCAAGACUAAAUUGCUUAAGAAGUACGACACUGGCUACUAUGUCAUCACCCCGAGCAAGUAUCUGCACGAGUACAAGUCUGAAGAUGACUUCUCCGCGGACCCCAGCCCCGAAAAUAGCCUGUAUCUCCCGGAUUGCCUCAUCGGGGCUGUGGACGGGACCAAAUUCAACAUCAAGGGCAAGGACCAGAGCAAGGGCGUGUUGUCCAAGGUUUCGAUGAGCCACGAAUUCGCUUACCAGGCACGCACGCCCGAGGAUGCGCGUAAGUGGCACCAGGUCGCUCUCAGUGUGUCAGGAGGCGCUUCGACUUCGGCACCCAGUAGUCCUACAGUUGCUGGCGGUGCGGCUUCCCCGACUUCUCCAACGGACGCGCAGACCACUGGCACGAUCGGGCCGGCGGCUGGCUCGGCGGGGCAUCCCACAGAGACUGGCCUUGGUGGUCACCCUGCGGGCACCGGCGUUGCUCAUCCUGCAGACAGCGGGCUUGCCCCCUCCGGCAACACCGGCGCUGUCCAUCCGGCAGAUGGCGGUCUGGCUCACCCUGGGUCAAGCGGCACGGCCCACCCCGUCGACGGUGGUCCUGCUUCCUCGACGGGUCAUACUACGAAUCCAAUUACCCAAACUUCACAGGCGGAGAAGAACGACUAUGCACCGCUUUGAUCGGUGAAGUUCAGAUGAAGGGGCCCAUGGACUCCGCGGUAGUUGGCAUGGAUUUGCGCGCUGUUCGUUCCGUACUGUAUGUGGUGUUUAGUUUAAUGCUAGGUAGUUUUUCAAGCGAAGCGUGUUUGUUUGCAACCGAGAGAAAAUGUCCAUUCGGUGAGGUGCCUGACAGCGCGCGCA